CGCGGAGGGCGCGGGGGGUGUCGGGAGCGUUGGACGAGAUGGCGUGCGGCCGUGGGGCGCUGAUCGUGCUGGAGGGUGUGGACCGCGCGGGCAAGAGCACUCAGAGCCGCAAGCUGGUGUCUGCUCUGUGUGCCGCUGGCCACCGUGCCGAGUUGCUGCGUUUCCCGGAACGAUCAACAGAAAUUGGCAAACUUCUCAAUUCCUACUUGGAAAAGAAAACUGAACUGGAGGAUCACUCAGUGCAUCUGCUUUUUUCUGCCAACCGCUGGGAACAAGUACCUUUAAUUAAGGAGAAGUUGCACCAGGGUGUGACACUUGUUGUAGACAGAUAUGCCUUUUCCGGUGUGGCCUUCACAAGCGCCAAGGAGAAUUUUUCCCUGGAUUGGUGCAAGCAGCCAGAUGUGGGCCUGCCCAAGCCUGACCUGAUCCUCUUCCUUCAGUUACAACUGGCAGACGCCUCCACUCGGGGUCAAUUUGGCUGUGAGCGGUAUGAGGAGACGACCUUCCAGCAGCGGGCACUGUACAGCUUCCAGCAGCUCAUGAGGGACUCAACUUUGAAUUGGAAGGUGGUCGACGCUUCCAAGAGCAUCGAGGACGUCCACAAGGAAAUCUGCUUGCUUUCUGAGGCUGCCAUUCUUGGUGCGGCACAGAGGCCCCUCGGGGAGCUGUGGCAGUGAACCUGGCCACCAGAGACACUUGUACCAGGUCCUUCAGACACUUAAUGGCAUUCUGAUUUUGGUUUCCAGGGCCAUCUGCUGGUGGCACAGCCCUGGCUGUGUGGGCACCAGGCAGUACCAUGGACUUGUCUUCCUGUCUUGAAAAUGUUUAUAUGCUUUCUUAUUUAACCUUAGUGGUAGAAAACUCAGCAAUCUGUCCGAAGUGGCAAUUACUUUCUUUUUUGUAGUCCUCUGACAUGAAUCCAGGGCCUUGCACAAACUAGGGACGAGCUUUUACCACUGAG